AUCCACUUUGGCGCUGAGCACCGCGUUCCCGUCUGGAGAUAUUCAUUCCCCUUUGCUCAAUUAUGUUCACUUUCGCCGCUUUUUGCUACAUGCUUUCCCUUGUCCUCUGUGCUUCUCUGAUCUUCUUCGCCAUCUGGCAUAUAACAGCCUUUGAUGAGCUUCAGACAGACUUCAAGGUUCCAAUCGAUCAGGGCAAUCCACUUCACGCUCGUGAAAGACUUCGGAACAUUGAGAGGAUCUGCUGCCUUCUGCGAAAGUUGGUGCUUCCAGAAUACUCCAUCCAUGUACUCUUCUGUAUCAUGUUCCUGUGCGCUCAGGAGUGGCUUACUGUAGGCCUGAACAUCCCUCUGCUCUUCUACAACACAUGGAGCAGGUACUUUCACAGCCCCACCGACACCAAGGAGCUUCUCUACGAUCCGGCAUCUGUCAUGAAUGGAGACACGCUGAAAUUCUGCCAAAAAGAAGCCUGGUGCAAGAUGUCCUUCUUCGUCCUCUCAUUCUUCUACUAUCUCUACUGUAUGAUCUACACAUUGGUGACCUCAUAACAGAGACGCUCAAAAGUCCCCUUAUCAUAAGACGCUGUAUGGUUGAAAGAAGAGGAGACACAAGUUCAAUCUGGAAAGCAUACGACAGUGUCUGGACCUACAGAUCAGACUUGAACCCCAUCUUUCAAAAGUAAAAGAGCCCCGUGUUGUUUACAGUUCUGACUCAAUGCCCUAGAUAUCUCAUGGACCUUGUGUGAUACGGUUUUCACAACCUCACAGUAACAUUUGCACAGAUUGUCUCAGGCACAGCACAACACGUCCUUUACCACAAACCUGCCAACCUUUACACUCACUAAACGUAGCUUAAAACUCACAUUGGGUAACACGAUUAAAAAAUGUCGGCUAACUUGAACAGCGAAUGUUACAUUUAUACCAGUCACACGCUAGGACAAUGAGUUUGAAUACAUGUUUGUAAAAAGCUUUUGUGAUAUAUAUUUUACGUGUAUUUGUGCACUUCAAAUGUAAGCAUUUUAAUAUGAAAUACGUAUAUGUUGCAUUACUUGUGUACAUAGAGAAAUUUGUGUAAUGCUUUCUGUGCUGGUGUCAGUUGGUCGAGAUGUUUUUGAAGUUUAUAAUUACAAAUGCCGAUAAGGAGGAUUUAUUGUAGAAAACAAGAGCCACUUUUCCACAAUUUUGCACAAACGUUGUUAUGAGUUUGCACAAUAGAUAGUGUUUGGUUGUGGUGAAAAAAAAACAUUUAUACUCCCAGUAUGAGUCUUCCAAUAUAAUAUAAUGUAUCAAACUGAUCACAGAUUUUCAUUAUAGAUGAGAAUUUUUGAAAUCACAGUAUUUGAUUCACAAAUGUUUAUAAAAAAGACAGCAAUACUAACUAGUAAAAAGACAAGAUAUUUAAGAAAUCAAGAGAAAUGUACUUAAUUAAAAAUACAUAAUGAUGCAUUUCUCUGUUUUCCAUGUAUUCUAACUACACUAUCUUUUUAAUGCUAAUAAUGAUGUUGGAUCAAACAAGCCAGUUGUCAUGCAUCUAAACAAACUUCACAAUUACUGUCUGCAAUGCUUCUGUUAAGCACCAUUUAUAAUGUAUAAUACUUAAGACAUCAGUAGACAUACUACAUCAAUUUCUUCACAAUUCUAGGGGAUCAUAAUACCACUCCCCAGCAGAAAUGUAGCCUGUAGCCUGCUGUCUUUUGUAUGCCUUAUGUAGUUAAACGAUGACCAAACAUUUUAUAUCCCUAUUGUGUACGUGUUCACCCAUCCAAUUGUCAG